UGAGUUCGAACUCAAAAGCGAUUGGACAGUUGAAAAGGUUCCCUCGUAAGUCUCAAUUUGAUGCUCUUGAAUUGAUUACACAACGUACACUUAUUUCUCAACGUGUUAGUGAAUUAUUAACAGAACGUGCUGCUCAAUUUGGUUUAUUACUUGAUGAUAUUUCAAUUACGGAACAAAGUCGUCAAGCAAAUGUUAUUGCAGUAGAAGGUGAUGCUCGUACAGCUGAUUUAAUUGGCAAAGCUUUAGAUGAAGCUGGUGAUGGUUUGAUCGAACUUCGACGAAUUGAAGCCGCUGAAGGCAUUGCAAAUCAAUUAUCAAAACCAAGAAAUAGCGUCUAUUUACCACAUGGUCCUCAAAUGUUACUUAACAUUACUGGUGCUGUGCAAUAA